GGCACUCACUGGCCUUUAGUGUGUGGACGGUUAUUGACGUGGGGCUAUUGAGAGAGUAAUGAACUUUGCGGGUCGCUAACCUCAGUUGCAUGUAUAGACGGAAUCUCGUAAUGUGUAGUGGGGCGCAGUAGUUAUGUAACCCGCAUGCGGCGUGUUAGUGCAGAUCACAUGAAACAUGGCGUGGAUAACGUAUGCUGAGCAAUCGUGGACCAAAGCGAGUGAUUUUGUAACUGCGGUUGAACGUCUCAAGCAAAUGUUUUCGGCGUUAUCAUUUGACGCGGAACAUGAAUCCAUAUACGGCAACGGUCAAUAUAGUGUGCAAGAGUGUCUGGCCAUCGCUAGAAAAUGAGUUAGGCGAAGAGAUAUGUGAGUUAUUUGAACAGUAAAAUAUGUGAGAAAUGUGUGGUACAUAGAUUGAGAAAAGCCUAGUUAGAACAAUUAUCGAGUUAAGCGAGUGGACUGAAAAUGAAGAAGAUAACAGUUACAAUUGACGAAUCACGGAAUAGAGUAUACAUAAUGUUGGCGUGGUCGUUUGCUUACGGUGAAGCGCGAAGAGGGUCGUGGGAAACAGUCGCGCUCGAUAGCACAAAUACGUACGGAGCCGACUGUCGAUUCGCAGCUUACAGAUAUGUUAGAUGUGAUCGAGGGUAGCGGGCCAUCUUGCACCCAAAAUCGAAUUUACCCACCAUUAAUAAGAUCGCAGUCGCCGGCUCCUCCACUUCCGCCAGCUGGAGAUCAGCAUGUGUACACCACCACAACAACUAUGGCAGUGGUUCCAAGGGCUGGCAAAAACAUAGAGCAAAUGCUUCAGAUGUACGGAUUUGGUGGAGGAGACCCAUGCGGCGCAGGUGACUGGAAUGGGAGUCCAUCAACACCCAAACAGGUUGCGGAGGCGACGUAUGCGAGCCUCCUAAAGAUGGCACCGGAAUACGAAAGGAAGCUGCUUGACGCGCGGGCCAAGGUGACCAAAUUGACCCUCUAGUUAGAGGAAGCUCGGGAGGAAGAAACCUCAAUUGAU